CCUCCAGCAGAUCCAGGAGCUCACCUUCGUACCCAUCAAGUUCGUCAAAAUCGAGCUGGAGUAUCGACCAGAGUUCCACGAAAGGUUCUCAAAGGACGUACCCAACGGCAUGCCGUGUGGGAACUACAGCGUCAACUACUUGCACAUGGGACGGUUCUUCCAGUACACCUUGUUCCGUCAUCCCGCUGUCGCCGAGUACGACUACCUGUGGCGACUGGACGCAGACUUGGAGACGCGAUUGGGGAUCCCGUGCGAUGUCUUUGAGGUUUCACUCCGAAGCAUCUGGAGGUCAUGCCCCCGCAAAGCGCGUACAUCGGGAUCUGGGGAGUCUUCCAGAUGAGCUUCUGGAAGUCAGACAAGGUCAUGGCCUUCAGCGACUACAUGGACAGCACGGCCCUCGCCUACACCAACAGGCUCGGGGAGCAGGCAUACUACGUCCUAGCAACAGGGCUGCUGGUGUCUCCAGCUGCUCUGCACCAGUACGCCGGGCUCGGGCCCUUCAUGCACAGAGGCAACGAGAUCAUCAUGGGAAGGAGGGAAGUGAACGGAUUUAACUUGAUAAGGGACGACGUGUUCUGCCCUGAAGCAAGCAAGUGGGACUGCAACGAAAUCUUUGAAUGUGUGGAGAGGACGGUUGCACCCGACAUGUGAGAUAGCGAUCACGAGCAUGAGGAACGGCGAGAUGUCAGG